AUGGCGGAAAACAAGAGAAUUGGUAUUGGAAUGGAUUUCUCAAGGAGCAGCAAAGCAGCUUUGAAAUGGGCAAUUAAUAACUUGGCUAAUAAAGGUGACACCUUUUACAUCAUCCACGUCAAGAAUCAUGACUCUAGACAUCAAUCUGGCUCUCCUUUGAUUCCAUUGGUGGAGUUUAGGGAGGCUGGGGUGUUACACUACUAUGAUGUGGAGACUGAUAUUGAACUUCUUGAUAUGCUUGAUACUGCUACUAGGCAAAAACAGAUAAAUGUUGUUAUUAAAUUAUAUUGGGGAGAUGCUAAGGUGAAACUGUGUCAAGGUGUUCAUGACCUGCAGUUGAAUUCGUUUGUUAUGGGUAGCAGAGGCCUCAGUGGCCUCCAAAGGAUAUUCUUGGGAAGUGUGACCAAUUAUGUAAUGAAUAAUGCCAGCUGCCAUGUGACUAUUAUUAAGGAUCCAGCUUUUUCCAAGCGCUGUUGUUUGGUUAAGAUAUGA